ACUUUGAAACGAGUGAGCGGAAGCACCGGUGUCUCCGGUCCUGCGCUCAGGCAGGAGAAGUUGUGUGAGGUGUGUGUAGCGGCGGAGUUACCUCCUGUUGUCGUGUCAGGUUUCACGUAGUUCUCCUCAAACUAGAUGGUCGCAGUCAACUUCAUGGUCGUCCAUUCCAGCCGGUCGGGAAACUUUAUGACGCUUCCGCUAGCUCCGUUGUCACGACAGGAAACCCGCUAACUUAGCACUGAAGUUAACGUUAGCAGCGUCGGUGAGAUAAUGGACUCCCAUGUUAGCUAACGCCCGCUGCCCAACACUGUGCCAAGGGGCCACUAAUGCCCGACGUUAUGAUUUAGUUUCCUCCCUCCUGGUUGUUGUUUAGCGGCUGUCGGGGCUAAAGCUCGCCCGCUGUGUACCACGGUGACUGUUAGCAACAGGCUAGCUGAGCUAAGUUCCAGUUUAGAUGGAAAAAGAAACCCCUGCGUCCAGAAGGAACGGACUUUUCCGUUUCUUUGCAUGAUGGAGUAGCGGGUAGUGGACCUGCUAUGGUGUAUGCGCUGCCAUUGCACCUGCCGAGUUGAUCAGCUGACAGCGAGACACCUGAUCCAGCAUGCCGGUCGUCGGAUCCAGAUUCUUCUUCAUCGCGGGGUUUGUGGUCGGGACCUUCACUCUGUACGUGUUCCUACGGCAGGUGUCGUUCGAGACGGGGCUGUCCGCGCCGCAGCCCGCCAACUCGGUCAGGGACUAUCAGCUUGGGCUGGCUGAAGAGCGCAAGAUAUGGAAGAAGCAGGGGUCUGCUCUGUUCAACCUGAAGCACCCUCAUCAGAAAGGUGAGGAUGGCCGUAUUGCUGAUGAGCUGUACAAAAAGGUGCGCAUUCUUUGCUGGGUGAUGACUGCACCAAAGAACUUGGAGAAGAAGACUCGACAUGUGAAGACCACGUGGAGUCGUCACUGCAAUGUGGUGGUCUUCAUGAGCUCCAUGGAUGACCCCGACUUCCCCACUGUGGGAUUAGGUACAGAGGAAGGUCGGGAUCAGCUUUACUGGAAAACAAUCCGGGCCUUCCAUUACGUCUAUGAGCAUCACAGCCACGAGGCAGAUUGGUUCCUCAAGGCAGAUGAUGACACCUACGUUAUUGUUGACAACUUGCGUUGGGUUCUUGCGAACCACACGCCGGACGAGCCAAUUUACUUUGGCCGACGGUUCAAGCCCUUUGCCAAGCAGGGCUACAUGAGUGGCGGAGCAGGUUAUGUGCUGAGCAGAGAGGCUCUACGGAGAUUUGUAGAAGGUUUUAAAACCAAACAGUGCUCUCACACUUCCUCUGUAGAGGACCUGGCAAUGGGACAGUGCUUGGAGAAAGUCGGGGUGCUGGCAGGAGACUCCAGAGACACUGAGCACAGGGAGACAUUUCACCCCUUUGUUCCGGAGCAGCACCUCACCGCGAAAUUCCAUAAGAGUUUCUGGUAUUGGAGCUACAACUUCUACCCAAUCAUAGAGGGUCCAUUCUGCUGCUCCGACUUGUCUGUGUCUUUCCACUAUGUUGAUGGAUCACAAAUGUAUUUAUUGGAGUACUACACCUAUCACCUGCGUGCCUUCGGCUAUACACACCGUUACCAGCCCCCCACCCCAAAGCGCUACAGAAUCGAGCAUUCAGGUUCGGCUGCAGAAAAACAAAAGGAGCCGGCUCCUCAGGUGAAAGGCAAAGGAGAAAGCGGUGAUCCGCCUAAGAUGGAAAUGAAACAGGACGCAGAGCAACAUCCUGCAGCUGGUAAAGAUCCUCCCAUUGCACCAGAGGUGAAACAACAGUAGGACUCUAUGGUUGUGUGAAGGGAUCAGUGUCAUUAGGAAGACACAGAAUUGUGUGUUUUUAAAUCUUUGCUUAUUCAUUCAUUUUGAUAAUUUUGGCUCAUAUUUCUACAAAAGUAGAACGGUCCACUUUGAUCGAAAGUGUCUGGAGCUGAAGGACUGCUACUAACUUCAACUUGCGACUGCAUUUUAGGCUCAAAGUGGCUCUUAUUUAUCCAGAUUUGUAAGAGGGUUUUUACAUUUUUAAAGUUGAGAGCACUUUUCUGUAGGCUUUGAUCAUUUAAAACCAAACCAUAAUUAUUUCUCACAGCUACGUUUUGUCGUCCACCAAAACCCGAUCAACCACUGUUUAGUCAAGGUGCAAUGAAGUUGUUUGACUUCAUUUCACGCAUAGUGAACUAUGUGCCUGCUAAUGGCAAUAAAUUAUGUGUCUUGAACUUAAUCAAGAGAAGAGGUGAGGUUUGCUGCUACUCCAUACAUUUUCUGAUUAUUGAACAAGAUAAAAAAAAUAUAAUGUUAGAUUAAUAUCUGUGCACUCAUUAAUUGGUAUCAUAGAUGAUAUUGGAUUUGUUCCUAGAACCAGCUUUCUGACGCCAAAUUUGAUUCAGGCUUUACUCAAAAGUAUUUUCUAUCACACUUACUAAUUGUAAUGUAACGUCCAUGUGCCAUCAAUAGGAAUAAAUCAAUUUUAUUCGUUUAAAUGUUGUGGUGCAACUAUGAAUGUCCCAUAUAAUUGAUAUUUAGCUUUUUUGAAAAUUAACUUAACAAAGAAAGCUACUAAUGGUCGUUUUCUUUACCAUUAAAUACAAAUUAUAUUCUUUAUUAGUUAGUUUUGUUUUAAAAUGUCAAAUGUUGAAAAUACUAAAAAUAUCUUUGAAAUGAAAACCCCCAAAAAUUAACUAUCACUGUAAAAAAGAAGCUAGACCAAGGUGAUAUUUCAUGUUUUUGUUUGGAAAACAAACAACAAUUAUAUGGUUAUCAAAACUAAUUGCACAAUAGCCCCUAGUCAAUUAAUAAUAGUUUAUUUCUUUUUAUUGACAUUUAGGUGAGUACAGUUUUCUAUUAGUUCAUGUGAAAGUGUAGUAAGAGUAUUUUUUUCCCCAUAGAUAAUGAAAAUUUGUCUUAUCAGAUUUAUUUAGCUGAAUGGUCGGACCACAGUCAGCUAGGAUUCUGCAGCACUGUUAGUGUAAUAUAAUGAAAUAUCACACUUAUCCUCAGAAUAAUCCAGGAAAAAAAAAACACCAAUUCAAGAACAUGAGCUAAAUUUCAUUAGCAAGGUUUUUGGAGUCCUCUCUAUCUCUUAAUGGCUAACAUAGAGGUGCAUUAAUGUGACCACAAUGCUUUAAAUGAUAAGUCCUGAUGACUGGAUUUGAACAUUCGAGCCAAAGAUUUUCCUCUGGGAUGAGACCAGACUGAGGACGCACGGACACACUGUUAUCUGUGAACACUUCUUGAAGUUAAUGUUGGUGCUUCCCUAUUGUGUAUAACUGGUGUUUUAUAUGUUCAGUCAUCACAACCUUUUAUUUGAACCGGGAUCUAACGAGCACCUUCAGCUGGAGAACAGGACGUCAGUGGGCUGUAGUCAACCAAAGAAAAUCUUCCUGGAGUUGUUACUUCUCUUCAACCAAUCAUUUAGUCUUGAGUGAAAAAAACCCUGCAUGUUAUCUGUAGAUUGAUUUAAAUUGGCCACAGCUUACCCCACCGGCAAUAAUCAGACUAAUUUGAUUUUUGUUGGAUGAUGUUGCAUGUUGAAAAGUCGAAUGGGAGACUGCAGCUUUCGCUAUCAGUCAACAGCUUCCUUUCCUUCUUACCCAUCCAUGGCACAUGGUUUUCUAUUUGUUUUUCCCGAAACUGUCUCUGAAUCAACACUUCACGCUUCCCUGUAUCUUCUCCUGGUGGACUCUUUAGGGUGUGCCUUGUACAGUAUAAUUGAGAUUGUUUGAGUCAACAUUUGAACAAAUGACUUUGCACUGUGACAUGACCAUAAUGAGAGUGACGACUUUCAGAUGGAGCUUAUUGAAUCCUUCCAAUGUAUAGAGCAUGGCCUUUGCCAGUGGAUGACUUGUUGUUCAUGAGUGAAUAAGCAGGAUUGAUUUCUUUUAUACAAAUGUAUAUUUUCUAACUGCUGGGCGGGUUGGGACAGAGCCUUUUCUUUUUGUGUAAAAUGCAUUUGAGUGUUUUGGGGGCUGUUUGGUGUGUUUCCUUUUUAACCACUUAAACCUUUUAAUUUCCUUUUGAGUUUACACAUGUAUGAGGCAACUAAAGCCAAAUCUAAUUUCCAAAAGCCUUUUUCUGUGUUCAUAAUCGGUUUCCUUCAGUACAUGAGUACAGAGCAAGUAGGAAAAGUCCAGUUAAAACAAGUGUAAACAAAUCAACACCUUGUUUUUAAAUGAUUAUACGUUUGGUAUGGGUUGUUGGUGUCCGAUACGAAUAGUAUACAUUUUCCUAAAUAUCAUUAAUCACUUUUAACAAAUUAUUUCCAGGUUAACCAUAAACUUUAUUUUAAAUGACUAUAAAUGAGUUUGAAAAUAUUUUUGUACAUAAAAUACAUCAUAAACACGUUUUUAAAUGCCAAUACAGAUAUGUCCACAAAAGGCUCAUAUGCGCAAUAUUUCCAUCCAACCAAUAUAUCGGUCGGGUUCCAAAAAUUCUGUUCACCCCUGUUUCCAAGUGAAAUAAAAAGUUUUGGACUGAUUUUGACAGUGUUUUUGCAUCACCAACACUUGCCCUAGCAACUCGUUGAUAACUGCCCCAUCUUAUUGGGGCUGUCUCCUGCAACAAUUUGAUCAAAGGGUAAAGUUGUACAGUAAAGUAUUUAUAUUUUAAAUGUCUAUGUUUAUAUUGACGUCUGAACAGACAGUGUUUGUGUCUUGUCUUUACUUAUGUGAGUGGUUGAGCACACGUGGGCAGGGUAUGUUUCUGUGAAUGGUUCUUAAAUCACUAUAAAUAAAUGCAUAUUUUAUUGUA